UCGAGUACAGUAUGGGUUUGGAAAAUUGGAACAGCUGUUAGUGAAAAAAAUGUGAAUAGCAGCCCUGUGGCGGCACCGCGCGCUCGCCCAAUCUUUUGCACGACUGCUCUUUCUUCUGUAGCCUGUCUACCCAGUCCGAGGACUCCGAGAUCGUCCAUCAUUUCGAUGUGCCUGCUGCUGCUGUAGUUCCUGCUGCAGUCAUUAUCACUAAUAGUUGGUCAUCUAUAGCUGCCAACCAGUCCAAUGAAGUCCAGCUCGCAGUUAUCUCAACAUCAUCACCAUCAGCAGCAACACCAGCACCAGCACCCGUAUCACCAUCCCCAGCAGCGGCUACCAAAAUCAAAGCAGCAACACCACCAGAAACAGCAGCAUAAGGUCCCGACGGUAGUGAAUAAUGGCUUGGCCAGCUGCGAUACUAUAUCCGAGAAGCUUGGCCUCGGCCCUGAAGUACGCGAGCUCAAGCUCGGGCCCACUUUUCUCAGCGAUAAGACCUCCACUGCCUAUCACACCAUUAAGUAUGACUUCAAACCCGCUAGCGUGGACACCUCGAAGAUGGCAACGGUAGACGUUGGAGAUAACAAUACGAUGACUGUUACAGUGCCGCACUGGGAUGGAGCUGGUGUCCCGCACACAGUAUUCAAGGGCUCCCAGAAGCCCUACUCAAAGGAGUGCGUUCUGAUAAUCGACAAUGUCACGGGUGAGAUUAUCCUCGAGAGGUUGUCCUGUAAUAUACAAGUAAAAAAAACCAGGUGUGAAACUAAAACACCGUCGCUCUUGUCGCUUAAUUCACAUCAAGGAAUUCGACCCAUAACACCAAUUGACGCAAGGAAAAGCCCUACCAUUGGAAGAACAAAAAGUAGAACUAAAGUUACUAGUGGGAAGAGAAAAGAGCCAAGUUACCAAUUACAUUCUAAGCGUAGUCCUCAACAAGCCUCUUCUCAUCAAAAAAGUCCUUCAGUGAAAUCACCUUGUAGUAACAAUAUGAAUUGUAGCAUUAGUUGUUCAGCCAUGCCUUCUUCAAGUCAAUCGUUAGCAAGCCUUCCCGUUAUCAAUGAAAACGAUGAUUUCUCGUUGAUAGUGCCCACAUUGGCCCCAACUGCAACGCUGUCGUCGUCGUUGUCGUCAUUAUCCUCAACAUCCAUAUUAACUACGUCACACUCGACAGCCCCUCCAAGAACCAGGUUCCCGGUGAUAAGUGAGAAGCCCCCUGUAAAGGUACCCCUUGAAAACAAUGUAGUGGGCAUUCUCAGUGAUUCCAGUUCUAGUGAUUCGAGCCCUAACAGCUCUGAAAGCGAGUCGGAAGCCGAAAAGUCUUCAACUUUGAAAGUCAAUGGUACUAAUUGGCACGCAGCAAACGGCGCAAAGAUAUCUCCACCAUUGUCCAUGCCAGAUGUCUUACUGAAUGAAGACUUGCAACUAUCGGAGUCAGAGUCGGAUAGCGAUUGAUCCAAAAUCAUUAAUGGUACCACAUUCCGAAAGACUUUGUAAAUUGAAUAAAAACGAAAUUUAGAUUUACUUUUUUAAAGACAAGUUA